UAUGAAAUCUCAACCAUUGUAGUAAAUUAACUUAAAUACCAAGCACCAAAAAAAGAAGAGUAUUAAUGGAAGAAAUAUAUAUGAAAUUGGGGGUAAAUAUAAUUUUAAUUAAAGGAACACAAUUUGUUGUCGAUGAGCGCUAUGAAUGUCAUAAACAAAUAGGGCAUGGUGCCUAUGGAGUUGUAUGUUCAGGUGUUGAUUUAGUUAAAAAUAAAAAGGUUGCGAUUAAAAAAGUAUUAAAACUUCAAUUAUAAGAUUUAAAAUGCAUUCGAAGAUCUCAUAGAUGCAAAACGAAUUGUGAGAGAAAUUAAGCUACUUUAAUUUUUUUAACAUGAAAAUGUUAUCAGCUUAGUUGAUAUUUUAAAACCUGAAUCAAGAACUGGAUAUAAUGAUAUUUACAUAAUAACUGAACUGAUGGAAACUGAUUUACAUAGAGUAAUCUAUUCUAGAUAAGAAUUAACUGAUGAACAUAUUCAAUAUUUUAUGUAUCAAACACUUAGAGGAUUACUCUAUAUCCAUUCAGCAAAUGUAAUGCAUAGAGAUUUGAAACCAAGCAAUAUUUUAGUCAACAAAAAUUGUGAUUUGAAAAUAUGCGAUUUAGGAUUAGCUAGAGGUUUUGAAAUUGAAGAUGAAAAUAAAACAGAGUAAUCAUCUAUUAUAUAUUUAUUAGAUAUGUAGUUACAAGAUGGUAUAGAGCACCAGAAGUAAUUCUUUAAGCCUCAGAAUAUACUAAAGCAAUAGAUAUAUGGAGUGUUGGAUGCAUUUUUGCAGAGCUUCUAGGGCGUACACCUCUAUUUCCAGGAAAGGACUAUUUAGAAUAAAUUUAGAGAAUUAUUGCUGUUUUAGGAACACCUUCAAAUGAUGAAAUGAAAUAUAUUACUAAUGAAGGUGCAAUCAAAUAUAUUAAGUAAUUCAUUAUUUGAUUUUUAGAUCUUUGCCUAAAAGAACUAAAUAAAAUUUCAGUACUUUAUUUUAAAAAGUUAAUCCAACAUGUUUAGAUCUUUUAUCUAAGAUGUUAACCUUUAGUCCUUUUUAAAGAUAUACUGUUGAAUAAUGCUUGAAUCAUCCAUAUUUUGAUGGAUUGCAUUCUAAAGAUGAUGAACCUCUUUGUGAUUCUGUUUUUGAUUGGACUUGGGAUAAAAUGGAAUUAAAAAAGGAAAUAUUAUAAUCAGCUGUAUAUGAUGAAGCAACUUAAUGGUAAUAAAAGCACAAAAUAAAUUCAAAAAAGUUUUGACC